AUGGAAUUGGCAGAUAACUCGAAGGUGAAGAAAGUGACGCGGGAUUCCGAGUUUCAAGACGCGGUGAUUGAGGGGAUCGUGCUGUGGUUCCGAUCGAAGGGGGUUGUGGACAUGGCGUACACGCAGAUUGCGAAAAUCCAGAUCAUGGGCAAGAAAAGUUCAUCAUCUUCUUCCGCGGCAUCGUUUCUCGAAGAAGAUGUUGGUGCCGGCAGUAGUGAUCUUGACGAAGAGAGCCAUGUGGACAUCCUCGCUGCGAUUCCCUUCCGAACAGAACCAGAGGGUGCGGAGCUUAUGGAGAUAGAAAACGACGGAGAUGCUACUACGACAUCAUCAAAUAGCGACAAUUUGUUGGACCACCGAUCGAAGGAAGAAAGCGGGGGUAGCAGUGCGACAAGUAGUGCUAGAAAAACAAAGAAAAGGGGCCUGGGUGACCACACGAGGAUUCUUCGGUAUGAAGAUGAUGACGUAAGAAGUAUGAGUCCUACAGGAGCGGAGCAAAGCGGCCAUCACGCAGAUGAAACAGCCUCGUCCUCUAGAAGAAAACCAGCGCCGCAAGCAGGAGCGCCGUCUUCAGCAGUGCAAUUGCUACGGAAACAGGAACAGGGAGAUCAUCUUCAAGCACGAGGAACACGCGGGGGCGGCUUGAUAACUAGAACUGCUAGUACACGCUCAUUCUCAACAAAAAAAUCCAUUAGCACGGUCGUCAUCCAGUUCCACUUGCAGCCUUUGAAUGACGCCCAGGCAGACAGCCUGAACACCGCCUGGCCAUCUGCCACCGCGGGCGAGGAGGUGUCACCCCUGGAUCCAAGUUCUGAUUCCU